GAGGGAGAGGGAGAGGGAGAGGGAGAGGGAGAGGGAGAGGGAGAGAAGGGGCUUGAUUUGCAAACCCUCAGCGGGCAGCCAAUCCUGGUACCCUCCCUGGGUAGCAAAAGGAGCUCUAGCAGGAACCUCUGAGUAGCAAGCUGGGAAGGCAGGGAUGAGCAAAGUCCGGGAGUGAUAGGUGAGAUGUGUCAGAAGCUCUGUAGCUGUAGCAGGGUGUCCCAGCGGGCAGGGGUGCUGGGUUACAGUGUAGUGAAAAACCCGGAGCAGUGGCAGAGAAGCGGCGGGGCUGGGCAGCGGCUGCCCGGCUCCCGAACACCGCCGGGAGAGGCUUCCUCGGAGGGGGAGAAGGCUGGGGGAUGCCGGUGUUUCCCCUGAGGCACCUGAGUAGGUGGUGAGGGUCCUUUCCGGCGAGCUACGGUGUUAAUAAGGUCCCAGUUCAGUGGCCGCUUUCAUGAGCAGAGUUUCACUCACAGUAGGAGAAGGCAGCAGGAGACAGCAUCCCGCAGUGGUGGCUAAUUCUCCCCAUAGUGACUGCAGCCUUGUCUCCCCUCUGAUGGCAACAGCGAGAGAGAGCUAGACCCCCUUCCCACCAGCCCAAAUCUCUCCGUAUCUCUGCCCUUCCCAAGAGAAUUCCCCUCAGCUGCCACAGCGCAGCCAGCUGCCCUCCUCCCCCUUCUUCUCGCCCGUAUAUUUUGUCUCUCUUAAGUAUCAGUCCCUGUGGUCUCAGCAACAAACGGGAGAAAAUUCCCUCAGAGAAAGAAACAAAAGGAAAAAUCCUAAUCCCAACAACAAAUGACAGCAGAAAGAAGUGUAAUAAUUGAACCUCAUAACUUAACGGUGGCAUUACAAUUCCAUGGGCAUUUCUCCAGGGAAAUCUAAGCCUGCACAGGUGUGCAAAGCUGGGGAUCUGUGCUGGUUUUGCACGGAAGUGACUCUUCCAAGAAAGUCAUAGCAAAACCAAUCAGUGACAAAGGUUGAACAUUGAUACCUGGUGAAGCCACUAGAAAGGUGACACGCCUCUGUGAACACACAAAAUCAGAGAAAGCCUGGGAAAAGCUCUUUUUUGUUCCGAUCAGGGAAGAUGUAUCAGGGGCUGGCGGGGUUUGCCCCACUCCACCGUGUGGCCGCAGAGCUGGCACGGCCGGGCCAGGCCCCGCACUCCCUAGCGGCUGCUGGGCAGAGGAAGGGGAGGAAGGGCCGGGCCUGAGCCCACUGCCCCCCGAGGGGAAGGGAGCAGCAGGGCCGGGCUGGCCUAGGCCGUCCCAAGAGAACGGCCCGGCCCGGUGUUACCUGUUCGAGUGGCCGGGAGGAAAGGGGCCGACUUGCCCUCACUCAGAAUUUCAUGUGGGUAUUCCUCAAAGUCGCAUCUAGCUUCCUUAAUGGUCAAACAAUAUGUCGAUAUUAAAAAAUUAACUCUAUUAGGUACCUGUCUCAAAGCUAUUCUAAGGCCCUGACAGGGAGCUGUUUCUACUUUAACUAAAAAACAAACUGUGUCAAUCUAUAACAGGGGGGCAAAACCAAGAGAAUACCCGAACUCAAGAGGAAUGUUUGAAUAAUGCAUUAGGGUCUUUAUGAAUAUGUAACAAACUGGUACAUUUAAAGGACUGUUUUUUCUGAGUUAUGCUCUCUGGCUGUAUGCCAUGUACCCGGCCAUUAAUACCAUUUCGCUUGUCUGUCUCCUAAUUGUCUUUUUUAUUUUUUAAAUUAAACUUAUAAAUUGUACUAAGAAAGUGAACCUCGUUUUUCACAACAUGUAGAAAAAUUAUAUAAAUACAUCAAUGUCAGUGAAGGAAGAGUUGAAUCUUAGAUGGAAAGGGAGCAAAAAGAUGCCUUGAUUUUAGGCUAAAAUUAUUUUGUAAGCCAUAGUAAUAGACUGUGAUAUACUAGAAUAUCCCUCUAAGUUGUAGAAGGCAUAAAUAGAGAGACAAGAGUAUCCAAAUUGUAAUCUGAGCAAAAGUAUUUGUGGCGGACUAAGUAAAUACUGAAAUAGUUUAAAUGUUAUGAGAAGUUUAAACAGAGAGAAAUGAGAUGAAGCUCUUCCCCCAGGAAGAAGAAAAUCUCUGUUCCUAGAGAUAAAAAUGAUCUCAGAAAGAGAUGAAGAGAAACUUUGCUUUUAGAACCGCUCAUCUUUAAAAUAGUACCCUAUGAGUUUACAUAGCCCAUAAGGUAGCUGUGGGAAGACUGCGUAAUAUAAGAAAGACUUCACAAAUGCAAAUUCCUGGGCAGCUGCUUUUGUUAGAAUUAAAAAAGCCACAAGAAAACUGUUCUUACCUUGUAAGAAGUUCCAUAGCACACCAAAAGAGACUUCUCUCUUUAAAUGAACUAAUGAAAGACUAUUUUAUAGGUAGUAAACUGACCUAGAGUUCCAAGGUUUGUCUCUAUACAUUGCCCAUAAGAAGAGAAAAGAAAGUUGUGGGGAUGGAGAAAUAUUUUGAAGGUUUUAUUCUAAUUCUCAUUAAUUUUUUCUCUCUUGUAGUUUUGUUAAUAAACCUGUCUUUAAACCCUUUUAAGUUUUGAGCCUUCUUCUCUCCUAAUCCUAUCUCACAGAAGAAAAAAAAAAAAGUCUAACAGGCACUCAAACCACUACACAUAAUUCAAGAAACAGAAAUUAGCAAACUAAAACCACUACAUGAAUUAGUGUUUCUGCUGGGUUUCAACCUGAACCAUCCGAGGAUCAAAGCUGGGUGUCCCAGACAACUGCAUGUGGUCUCUAAAGCCAUGGGGAGUGGAAGGGGUUGGGGAGGACAAGAUGUCAGACAUGCCAAAAGAGUGCAAAAGGAAGUGGUCAUGGGUAAAGUGGAACCGGUCAGUGAGCUUGGCCUAGACAGCCAAGCUCCAGGCAUGGGGUUCAGGCAGGGUUCACACGGGUGUCUGCAAAGCCACCUGGCAAGCAGCUACUCCUGCAUCCUGCUUUAUUUGUGCUCAACUGGUUCUGUCCAGAGUGAUGUGACAGAGUGUAACGCCUUGUGUUCCCUGUGACUGAGAAUAAGACCAUCCUCCCUCAAUACAUGAAGAGUUCCCUGGAAUAAACAGAGCUGGGAUGCAAAGCCCAGCACGUGCUGUUCCCCAUUUACCAGCUGAGCUUUCAAGGUGGCACAUGCCCUGCAAACAUCUCCACCAUGAACCCAUGCAGCAGGACAAAACUGGGCAAACAGCCAGGGCAGGAGCCAGACCUCCCCUUUUCACAGAAUGCAGCCUGGACACCCAGAGCAUGGCCACUGCUCUGUAGCUCGUGUCCCCAGGUGCCAACCCAAGGGGCUGGAGGUGCCUAUGGUGGCGUGGCCCAGAAGGGUUUUGACAUCCUGCACACAGAGAUACGGCACUCAAGGGCUUUUAUCACCCGUCUGCAGCUGGGCCGAGGGAAGGGAGAUGCAGUAGACUCUCUGAUGUAAACAGGACUGGGCACUGCAGGAACAGGAGGAAUUGCCAAAUUCAAGUGUUGGAUGAAGUCCCAGGCAGUCAGGCAGUUUCAGGACAUGGGAGGUCAUUGCCCAGAGGAGGGGAGGGGGAAGUUCGGUGAGGUGGUACCCAGACAGACUCCCAGCUCUGCUCUCCAGGCCAUCCAGCCCCUCUGGACUGUGCCCUGCUCACUCAAACAAGCUGGAAGUGCUGGGCAAGCUCAGUCUAGCCAAGAGCAGAUGAGGGGAUCAGAGGAGUGGUUAGCAGACUGAAGACCUUCCAACCCAUCCCAAAUCCACUUUGCUGGAGCCAACCUGCAGGCUGAGUAGGCAGUCCUUGAGUCUUGCAAUUCCCACUUUCAGCAGUGAAUCCCAUCUUCUCUCCUGUUGAUUGACUGUGGAUAUGCUCCAGGAUGGAGAGAACAGAAAGCGAGACCCUGAUGGGUGAAGUGGAGGAGAUGAGUGGAAGAGCCGACGUGACUCUGGACCCAGACACCGCCAACCCCUUCCUCAUUCUGGCUAAUGACCAGCGAGGGGUGGGACGAGGGGACGAGUGGACCUUGCUGCCCAACAACCCCGAGCGGUUUGACACGGAGCCAUGUGUGCUGGGCAGCCAGAGCUUUGCUGCGGGGAGACACUGCUGGGAGGUGGAGGUGGCCGAGGCAGGGGACUGGUGGGCUGUGGGAGUAGCCCAGGAGUCUGUCAGGAGGAAGGGGGUCCUCAAUUUUACACCCCAGGAGGGGAUCUGGGCCGUAGGGCAGUGGUUUGGACAGUACCACGCUUUCAGUGAUCCUGACUGGACCCCUCUGUACCUUACCUGCCUCCCCAGGGCCAUCCACGUCUGCCUGGACUUCACAGACAAGCAGGUGACUUUUGCUGAUGCGGAGAGUGAAGCCCCAAUCUUUGCCUUCUGCCUGGCCUCGUGCGCUGGGGAGAGGCUGCGCCCAUGGCUCUGGGUGGGGAUGGACUCAUGGCUCAAGCUGUGCCCCUGACAGGGAGGGAACAUGGGGCGGUAGGGGAGAGACUGGAAAGGUGAACGCCACCAUCUUGGGUCUUGGUGCUGGGAACUGGGAAUGUCUUGCAUCCUGCUGGCUUCUCUUCACGUGGAUCCUCUGGCCACCAAGGGGAGGACUGACAGGUCAUGGAGGUGGACACAAUAACAGCCUCCUUCUUCUCCCCCCCACCUCGGCUGGGACUGCAAGGACAAUGGGGAGUGCAGAGACACAGUGCAGGGAGGAGAUUGGUGCCUGGUGGUCCCAUGGCAGGGACCAUUGAGUGCUGGGGCACUGCAAAGCUGCUCUGUAUGAGGCUGUGGGAAAUAUAGCAGGGUCCAGCUCCUCCAAGUGCUGGAGUAGUGCCUCUGGCUUUUUUCAAUUAAGUUUAAAAACUUCAAACAUAGCUGGAUACUCAUGAUAGCGCUUAUCUUCCCCACACAUCCAGAGCCUUUCCUUGCCUGACGUGCAUCAAGCACAUUUCUUGCAGCAGAGCACUAGUAGCAAUGCAGAGGCAGCAGUAGGGGCAGCCCAGGAAGAAAAGCACAGUGCUGAGCUGUGUCUGAAAUCCACAGGAGAGGCAAUUCCCACAGAUCUGCCAUUCUCUGACCUUGCCCCAUCAAGGUCCCACCUCACAGGAUCCUGCUAAAUCUUGUCCUUAGGAGAGGAGAAGGUGGAUGUAGGUGAAGUGGGACAUUGCUUGGGUCCACCCUAGAUUUCAUCUCCGGACACUUUUUUGGCUGGACCUUCUUUAGUGCCACCUCAGUUGUCAUUGUGGUGGCAUCUGGGCACAGGCAACAGUAUUGGUCUCCCUGCUCUAUUCAGGGAGCUGUGAAGAGUUGCAGUGCUGGGUCAAGCCCAGGUAUCUGCCCCUAGAGCUCUGCCCUAUGCCUCUUCCACUGUGGAAGCAACAAGACUGGGGAAACCCAGGGAUCUCUGCUCCCAGUGAGAGGCACUUCGUACUCUCCAUGGGCAGGAGCCUCUGAGACUAUCCUGGUUUUGCUUGGGAUAGAGUUAACUUUCCGCUCAGUAGCUGGCACAGUGCUGGGUUUGGGAUUUAGGGUGAGAAUAAUAUUGACAGUAACAACCAAACCAUCAGUCAUGCGGUGUUCAUCCAAGCCAAGGAUUUUUCAGUGUCUCAUGCUCUGCCAGCAAGGAGCUGCACAAGAGGCUGCAGGGGGAGCACAGCCAGGACAGCAGACCUGAACUGGCCAGAGGGAUAUUCCACACCACAGAACAUCCCGCCCAGUGUGUAAACUGGAGGAACUGCCUGGGAAGGGCCAAUCACUGCUGGGAGAUAGGCUGGGCACAGAUCAGAGUGUGGGGAACAACUAUAUUGGGCAUCACUUGUUCCACUUGGGGUUUAUAUCUUUUUAUUACAAUUAUUAUUAUCAUUAGUAUUAUUACACAUUACUUUGUCUCAAUUAUUAAACUGCUUUUACCUCAAACCAAAAUUUUUUUUCCUUUUUUCCCCCAUCCCCCUUGGAGGGUGGUGUGUGACUGAGUGUUUGUGUGUGGUGUUCAGUUGUUGGCUGGGGUUACACCAUGACAGAUGUUCACAGCAGAAGAUUGGUGUAUGGAGAUCGCAAAUUGUUAGUUCUGUAUUUUUGUCCUUUGUCAUGCAAAACACCCUAAAAGAGUUGUACUGUGCAUUUAGAGACACCUACCUCAAUCAAGAAGAAGAAAUUCCUUUCUGAAAGCCACUUCAGUCCCUCAGAUUGGAGAAAAGUUGGGUUUUUCAACAUAUUGGUGUCUGGGAACCUCUUCACUGGAAUUUUGUGGUUUGGAGGGGGUAAAUUUUGUGCUUUGGUUUCCUUUUGGAUGUGCCUCUCAAAAAUUAAAUUUUAAAAAAUCAUCUCUCUGGGAGCUGUGUUGCAUAGUUGCAGCGUUU